AUGGCAGAGACAGAUGCCGACGCAGUGAUUCCUCUUCAGGAAUGGCUGAAGCUCUUGCAGACGCAUGGCGUGCCGAUGCGAGCAGCUAUGGGGCUCGCCGCCAAAGCAUACAAGGAGCAUAACACGCGCGAGAAACUCGCGAAACUCCCUGUGGACAAGUUUGUGCCGGACAAGGAGGGGCGCAAGUCCGUGGUCGUCGCUCUGCGCGCCAUCACAGCUGGUAAAACUGCGAAGAAGAAGCGGGCGCGGGACGACGACCUCCUUCUUCCGCUUGAGCCAGCGGCGCCGACCCUUCCGAAGACUCUGGACUUUCACGAAAUACUCGACCCGGAGCAACUGAUCCCCGUGACAGUCACGGUCAACCGCGCGCCCGUCAAGACGGCGUGGGCGUACACUGUUGCGCGCCGGCUGGGGUUUGACGCGCAAGAAGCUCUUUCUCUGGCGCAUGUGUACGUGCACAUCGGGAGCAUGAAGCACGCGCUCUCGCUGGGAAACAUCUACAACGCCCAACAGACGCAUGAAGCAGAAGAGGAGAUCCGCGAGCUGCCUGGCGAAGCGGACUACCGGCGCCCCGGCGCACCAACGUCGCCACAGAAGCGGAGGGGACGGGGUGAGGUGGUCGAAAAGGCCGUCGGUAGCAGCCAGCCGUGGGUCAUGCUGCUGCGCACCAACCCCGUUAUUGAGCGCCCGGACGGUACAUGGCGCGCGAUCCAGAAGGGCUUGCCCGUCGAGCCGAGUGUCGCGUACCUCUACAUCACACGAGCGCUGAAGGACUUGACGCCGCACGUCAUGGGCGCGAUGCAGCUGGUCGCGAAUUCGUACGACCCAGAGGAACUCAACGCCGCUGGAGUGGCGAUAUAUAGCGCGUUCAAACCUGACGUCGUCGAGUGGGGGCAGCGAGGCGGUGUUGCGGUGGCGGAUAUUCUGGACCAGAUCAAGACGAAGGCUGAUGACUCGGCGGAAACGGAGGUCAAGGCAGGGCAUGAGGGGCCGCCCGAAGGUGAACCGGCAGCACGGGCGGAAGUUAGACCUCCAGCAACGCCAGCAUCCCCAAGGUCCGAGGCUUCGUCCCUAACACCUGCGCCGAGUGAGGACGCAGCUCCUGAGGCUGCCCAGGAGGCCGCGCGGGAAACAGAUGAGCCCCCAGCCAAACGGCAAAAGGAGAUGACGCUGGAGGAGUACGAGGCGAUGCUGGACGAUGACUUUGACGAGGAACUGUACAACAUCCCAUGAUCUAGAUGUUCCUAUUGCAUAUAAUGAACUGCCUCUUCAAGCACAGGGUGCAUCAUGUAUCAGAUUGUAUGGUGCGGAACGAACCACCGCCCUGCACGAAUAAGGCCGAAGCCAGCAGGCGGGGUCAGAAAAUGCGCCGCUUGAUCUUCCGAGAUUGGCUUGACCCCGCGACGUAAUGAUCCCGAAGGGACGCGCGGAGUAGGUCGGCCAGACACGAGUGCAAGCACAAGGGCCCAGGCCUUCUUCUCGGUGACAGAAUGUGGGAAGGGG